AUGGGAGGCAAAUUCUGGUCUAAAGAAGAACAGACAUAUUUUGAAUGCGAAAUUAUGCCUAUGUCUCGCUUCAAUGGACCUAAUGGGACGUACAAUCCGAAAAUAGGCAAGUCCUGGGCAGAGCUAGCAAUUAAGAUGCAGAAAUACCUGGGUGGUGAAGGCCUCGCCCGUAGACCACGAACGACCCGUAGCAAGAAGGCGAAACAGAGGACUAAUAACACGCCUCCUCCAUCAGUAGUUCCCCAGGAGCCCGAUCGCCUCUUGAUACUUCCUACAAGACCGCGAAAUGAAGCCACUCCUUCUCAAAGUCCUUCUCAAAGCAAAAUGGAACCUCCACGCUACGCCCAAGGCAAUCCUCAAAUCGAACAAGUCUUUGCUUUUGGAAGUUCUUUUCGAGAGUCUGAAGGCCCAGACAUGGCUCAAAGACGCUAUACUGAUCCUUCAGUAGCUUCGAGCCAAUCAUCAAACCGUCGGUUUCACACAUAUCGAGCCCCUGAUAGACCAUACUUAACCCAUGCCGAAGGCGCAGAAUUGUACCAUCAACAACAUCGUUCUGGGUGCCCUGGGCGUGAAAGAUUCCGUUUCUCCCAUGAGCAAGAAUCUCGCAGCAUCGCAGCCUUUCACCAAGUCUUAGCCGGUCAAGAACGUCAGACUAUCGUUAUCAGAGAGCCUACUCCGGAAAACGAUGAACAAAGCCUCUUUAUCCAACAAUCUCCGCCAGAAUUCAACCGCAGACUUCCCAUUCCGCGCCCUAAUACGGAGCUAGAUGCCGCUCAUACCAUGACGAUGUUCCGUUCUCAAGAGAUGACCACACUACGUGGUACUACUUUGACUAGCCGUCAAGAUCACACAACUACCCAUUCUUUGUACCAGGCUCACCCCUAUGAAUAUGAGUCUCAAAGACAUGGUGCAUUUCCAGGAUCUUGUCUCGCACCGAUCAUUUCUCGUCAAAACACACCACGUCAAGGUGAAAUCCAGAGUCAAUUGGACCAAUUGAAGGAUAAUAAGAAAGAAAAGGAAUAG